AUGUUCGGCAAACGCUCUUUUGCUAGCUCGAAAGACCGUUCGGGCAAGAUAACCAAAGCACCGAAGAGAUCGUUUCGCGAAGCGACGAAGCAGAAGGUGUUGGUCGAGAGGGUGGAAGCGCGCAAGGCUAACCCAAUGGCAGAGAGAGAUUCUCCGAGUUUGACCUCUGCUAUUGUGACUGUAAUCGUUGGUGCAGACCAACGAACCUUUGCCGCGCACGAAGAUGUCUUGUCUCACUCCCCCUUCUUUGCAGAGAUUCUGCGGGACCAAUUCUUCGAAUCCACCACUCGCCGCAUCGAUCUGCCCAUGGAAGAACCCGAGAUCUUCUCGUGCAUCCUCGAGUAUCUGUACAAAGGUGACUACUAUCCUCGCUUGGUGCAAGACAAGCGUAGGCAAACCUGGAUGCUCGAAGGUGCCAUGAGCUCUCCCGACCCAAACAAACACGGCGACCGUCCCACCGCUGUGGAACCGACCUUUUAUCACUCUGGUGUAGGUGAUGUGCUCCUGAGAGACACAGCCGUCUACUGCGCCGCCGAUCGUUACGGCCUCGACGAACUCAAGAAGCUGUCUUUGCGCAAGCAAGGCUUGCAGAGUGGAAUCGAGGUCGGGACGAUCCUGCGUUCAGCGCGCUAUGCAUAUGACAAUACAUCAGACAGCGACAGCCACUUGCGGGCACACUACCUCGCUCUAAUCAUCCGAAGCAGGAAGACCUUCAAGCGUAGUGGCACCAUGCAGAUGGAAAUGGAGAUGGGGGGUAAAUUGUUCUUUGACCUGUUCGUGGCUAUGUGUAAUCAUGUUGAUGAUCUCGUGGACGUGAGCAAUGCUCGCGGAACUCCAAGGACCAUCUGA